AUGCCGGUCGGUAAAGUUGUAUACGGUACUGUUCCCAGCGAUGAGAAGAGUCCAGAACCUAUUACUCAUCCAGCCCCCAAGGGGUUGGGGCUCCGGCAUUUACAAACACUCCUCCUUUUCGUAUGCCUCGUUUUGGGGUUUACAACAAGGGCUCAGCUCAGCGUCCUCAUGGUGGCUAUGAUCAAGUCUAGCCAGCAGGGCAGUUACAACCUUACCAGCAACGGCAUGGAUGUUAAUGGUACCAAUAUAACUGAUAACACAGUAGAUGGUAGCCGAGUACAGGCCAUUGGUGAUUGGAAUGUGUACCGCACUUAUGAAUGGGAUAAAGCCACACAAGAAAUAAUACUGUUUUCUUUCUUCGUGGGGUACACCAGUAUGCAAAUACCAAUGGGUUGGUUAGCGCAGAAAGUUGGGGGCAAGAUACCAAUUAUGAUAGCACUGGCUGUUAGCGGAAUACUAUCUAUUCUUACACCUUGGAUUCCUCUAAUUGGCGGAUGGAUGGGUGUGACAGUUUGUCGUUUAAUUCAAGGCAUGACUCAAGCUGCUUUCUACCCUAGCCUGCAUACAAUAUUAGCCCGAUGGACACCGCUAAGCGAAAGAGGAAGACUCACAGCUUAUACAUAUACAGGUUCUCAAAUAGGUACAAUCAUUGCCUUCCAAGUAUCGGGACUACUUGCCGGCAGCCCAGUACUCGGAUGGCCAUCCUCAUUUUGGGUAUUCGGCAUCCUAAGCCUCGUGGUGUGUGGUCUAUUUGGCUGGCUCGGUGCCGCUACUCCCCACGAACAUCCAAAGAUUACUACUGAAGAGCUCGUGUACAUUUUAGAAGGGGGUAAUGCUGACGUCGUGCCUAAGAAACGCAAAACCCCAUGGCGCGAAAUCCUAAAGAGCCCAUCCGUCUGGGGAAUAGUGAUCACACAGUCUGGCAGCUCAGUAGUCUAUCUGCUCGUCCUGACAGAAAUACCCUUAUACAUGAAAAAUAUUCUCGGAGUCGACAUUAAGAGGAAUGGCUUGUAUUCGUCUCUUCCAUAUUUAGCUAUGUACCUCAUGUCUGUGGGUUUCGGAAAUUUGUCAGAUUUCUUAAGAAAUAGAAAUAUCAUGUCACUUGUUAACAUCAGGCGUGCUGCAAACACUACUGGAACGGUGGUAUCUGGAAUUUUCUUAUUAGCAUUCAGUUUUAUGAGCAGUACGUUACCAGCUGUUAUUCUCUUGAUUGUGUCAUUGGGAAUGCAUUCAGGAAUACAUGCUGGAUUUGUCGUCAACAUAAUCGAUUUGGCUCCUAACUUUGCCGGAUCAAUAAUGUCAUUAAGUAAUAUGUUAGGUAGUUUAACUACCUUACUUAUUCCUGUGGUCGUCUCGAACAUCGUUACGGACGUGACGAACCCGCAGCAGUGGCAAAUAGUGUUCAUCAUUUGCGUAGGCUACAAGUUCAUCACCAAUGCACUUUUCGUUAUCUUCGCCAGUGCGGAUGUACAGCCAUGGAACUUUUAUGGUGAAGUGGAACAUGAUUCAGAAGAUAAAGAAAUGAAUUUAAUAGAAGAAAAGAGUGUUAAAGAAAAGGAAAUGAAUCAGGCAAACUAA